AUGCCCGCUGUCGUUGAGACCAAGCAGGUCAAGGGAAGCGCCGCAUAUAACGAAGCUCUGAUCAAAGAGCCCAUCAACUUCCGCAAUCCAACAACCAUUCGGCUGAUUAUGUGUCUCAUCCUCGCUUGCUUCGCACAGACAAUGAACGGGUUCGAUGGCUCUCUCUUUGGCGGCCUGACCGCGAAUACGCAGUUUCUCGACUUCUUUAACGGAUCUAAUGACGGAACAUGGGCGGCCCUGAACUCGGCCAUGUACCAGAUUGGUGGCGUUUGCGCCCUGCCCUUCGUUGGGCCGUUUAGUGAUAACUGGGGACGUCGUGUUGGUAUGGUCAUCGGCGCAUCCAUUAUCGUUAUCGGGACCAUCAUCAACGGAACAACCGUGGUCGAUGGCAGUCUGGGUCAACUAAAGGCUGGCCGUUUCAUUCUCGGGUUUGGAGUCUCCAUCGUGACUUCUGCUGGCCCCAUUUACGUAGUUGAGACUGCGCAUCCUGCGUGGCGCGGAGUCAUCACGGCCUACUGCAAUACCUUCUGGUUCACAGGCUCGAUCCUCUCCAGCGGUGCCAUUCGAGGCGCCAUAAAUCUGCGAGGAAAUAUCUCAUGGCAGAUCCCAGUCUGGCUACAGAUGGUCUUUCCCGGUCUCAUCCUCCUGUUUGUGUGGCUCAUUCCAGAGAGCCCGAGAUGGUUGUACGUGCACAAUAAACGGAACAAGGCAACUGCUACCCUGGCAAAAUGGCACGGAAACGGGAAUCCUGAAUCGGUUUGGGUGAAGCUGCAGAUCGCGGAGUAUGAAGAAUUUCUCAACACUGAUGGCGCGGAUAAGCGUUUCUGGGAUUAUUCGGCACUGUUUCGAACUCGCGCGAGCUGCUAUCGCAUAGCAUGCAACGUCAUUUUCUCCAUCUUCGCCCAGUGGGCAGGAAAUGGAGUUUUAACUUACUUCCUGCCUGCCGUCCUGGACACUGCUGGAUACACCGACGGCACAACACAGGCCAACAUAAACCUAGCAUACUCGUGCUUCCAGUUCUUUUUCGCACUCUGCGGUGCGGCAUUUGUAGAGAGAUUCGGACGACGCCCUCUUAUGCUCUUUAGCAUGACCGGUUGUUGUAUCGUGUGGAUCGGCAUGACUGCUGCGACUGGCACCUUUGCGGCUUCCGGAGAUGCCUCAUCUGCAAAAGCUACCGUUGCGAUGAUCUUCCUAUUUGGCGCUGUGUUCUCAGUCGGGAUUACUCCACUUCAAGCCUUGUACCCGGUCGAGGUUCUCUCGUUCGAGAUGCGUGCUAAAGGCAUGGCGUUCAGCAGUCUUGCGGUAAAUGCUGGCGGCUUGCUAAACCAAUUUGCCUGGCCUAUAUCCCUUAAGGCCAUCGGCUGGAAGACAUAUAUUAUCUUCAUCGUCUGGUGUGCGAUCCAGGCAACAGUCUUCUACUUCGUAAUGCCAGAGACACGCAGACGGACGCUCGAGGAAUUGGACUCUAUUUUCGAGGCGAGAUAUCCAGUCAAGGCCUCGCUCAUCACACGAGAGGUACGUCUCGAUGCAGAGAAGAGUAUCGUGGCGGUGGAAGAGGUAUGA